AUGAUUACUGACUUCUCCCAAUUAACGCCCUCGUCCGACAUAAACUGGACUCCCUGUUUCGAGAACUUCACCUGCACGCGCUUAGAAGUGCCUCUGGACUACGAAGACGCGAGUGCCGGAACGGCAGCAAUCGCAUACGUAAAGUCCGCAGCGGUGGACGAGACGAAAGACACGAAGAACAUCCAAAUAAAUCCCGGCGGCCCUGGGAAAUCCGGCGUCCAAUUCGUCAUGCAAGUCCUGCCCAUACUCCGCGAAAUGCUCGGCCCCUCGUACAACAUCAUCGGCUUCGACCCGCGCGGCGUCGGCGCCAGCCCGCCCAAUCUCGACUGCUUCCACGGCAACCUCGCCCUGGGCACGAACUGGGUGACCACCUCGCAGAGCCUGAACCCGACCGUCUCCGCCGAAGACUUCAACGCGCUGUUCGAGCUCAUGGGUGCGUACGGCGACCUGUGCGCCCAGGAGCUGAACAGCUCGGCGGCAUACGUGGGCACGCCGGCUGUGGCGAGGGAUAUGCUUACGUUUGCGGAGCGGCAGGAGGCCAAGAAUGGAGGGAAUCCCGAGGAUGCGCUGCUGUACUAUUACGGUGGUAGCUAUGGGUCCUUCCUCGGAGCGACGUUUGCCACGCUCUUCCCAGACCGUGUCGGCCGGCUGGCUAUCGAUGCUAUCGGCGACGGCGAGGACUACUACGGCGGCAAGUGGCUCACCAGCAUGCACGACACGGACGAAGUCGAGCAGGUGUUUUUCCAGUCAUGCUAUCAAGCCGGUCCGGAGCGUUGCGUGUACUACGCAGACUCAGCGGAGGAGAUCGAAACCCAAUACCGCAAGCUGCUUCUGCAGUUCAAGGAGAACCCGAUCGCAGUGUGGGAUAAGACCGUUGCGCAAAUCCCUUCGCUCGCUACGUACGGCCAGCUCAGAGCGGCGUUCCUCAACGCGGCGUACUUGGCCGAAGUGCAGUUCCCGGUGCUUGCGCAGAUCCUGCUUGACCUCGAGAGUAGGAACGGCUCGUCUCUGCUGGCGUUUGCUGGGGCGCCGUGCUAUGACUGCGACAAGGACAAGCUGGUACCCCAGGAUGGACUGGCACUGACUGGCAUCAUUUGCGCAGACGCGGACGGCCGAUACAAUCUGUCGACGAGGGAGGCAUACAGAGAACACCUAGACACCGCGAUGAGUAUGAGCUCUUACGCUGGCGAUCUCUGGUCUGGUUCUGCUUUGGCCUGUCGUCAGUGGCCAUUUCACCCGCCACCUAGCCAGAAGUUCGACGGCAAGUUCGGCGGAGCCACCAAGGCUCCGCUCCUCCUACUCGGCAACGAGCUCGACCCGGUGUGCCCAAUCAGGAAUGCUUAUAAAAUAGCAUCGCUCUUCCCCGGUUCGGUGGUGCUGAAGCAGGACGAAGUCAGCCAUGCCACGUUCGAUGCUCCGUCGGACUGCAUCUACCAGCAUGUCCGAGAAUACUUUGACAGUGGCAAGCUUCCACCGGCAAACACCACCUGUCAUCCGAAUGCCCGGCCCUUUUUGCAGAGUCCUCCGUUUAAGGAGAGUUAAAGGAGGAGGGUGUGAUCGCGGGAGGUCGUGGUGGUGACGUCAUGACGCGUUGGUGGCCCGAUGGUAAUCUUCUUUCCUGGUGG